AUGGCUAAUGGGAUUGCUGAAUCAUUUAACUCUUGGAUUGCAAUUGAGCGUUUGAUGCCAGUCUAUUGUAUGCUGGACCAGACAAGAAUUAAACAAAUGGAGAUGGCCGGUAAGAGGAGGGAAGAGGCAGAACGUUGGACCACAGAACUAACUCCCAAAAUGGAGGAAAGAUUGAAGGUGCAAAUGGAGAAAUCUCGUCGUUUCAGUGUCCAUUAUUCUAGCCCUGGAGUUUAUGAGGUUCGAUCUGACUUUUCAUAUGUAGUCAACAUCUCCGAUCAUUCAUGUUCAUGUGUGAAAUGGCAGAUCAAUUGUUUUCCUUGUCCUCACGGCCUUGCUGCAUUACAGGCUGCUUCUGUAAAUGUAUAUGAUUAUAUUGAUAAGUACUUUCAGGUUGAUAUGUUCAAGAAAAGCUACAGUUUUCCUAUCUGUCCGAUAACCAAUGUUGAUAUGUCUUCUUCAGAAUCUGCUUCUGAAUGUAUAUUACCUCCCCUUUCGAAGAGGCCCCCCGGGAGGCCUAGGGUGAAGCGGUUCAAGUCGGUUGGAGAGGCUGAAAAGAAGCUGAUUCGUUGUGGUCGUUGUGGCAAAAUGGGCACUCAUAACAAGUUGAGCUGCACUGAACCUCUCGUUCAGUAG